UUUCUCCCUGCACCCUGGUGCGAAAGGGCUAGGGAGUACGGAGCGUCCGCGAAAAUAGUUGUUUUGUUUGUCCGUAGCCUACUCUGUCGUGUGGAGGGGGCAACUGCGUCGACAGAUUGACGCCGUCAAACAGGGCUAUAUAAACUAUAGGCUGUGUCCGUAAGCCAUUUGCUCGCGGAAUCAGAGACAGAACAGAGCGGAGAAAUGGACCUCGACCUACCACCUUCUCUUCCUCUUAGCGGCAUUCCCUGGGAGAGGGUUCUCCCGCCGCUGCUCCCCCGACUCAGCGGGACACUGGGGCCGUACACCUGGGCGCCAUCGGAGCUUCGGAUUCCGGCCACUGAACACACGGGUUCCGCGCAGGUCAUGUACGAUCGUGGCGGGUUCACUGUACACGUUGACGUGAAGCAUUUCAGCCCAGACGAACUUCUUGUAAAGGUGGCUGGUGAUUUUGUGGAGGUUCACGGAAAGCACGAACAACGAAAGGAUGGGCCAGGAAUGGUAUCACGACAGUUCAACCGGCGGUACCGGAUCCCAGAGGGGGUGGAUGUGGCCGCGCUGGAAUCUGCAGUCUCCCCAGAGGGGAUCCUGGUGAUCUCUGCCCCAUUGCUGCAGGGGGAAAGUUCCAGACCCCUCACUCACACUGAGCCGUGAUUGGCACCUUCAGUUAACAUUCAGACAAACAUGCCUAAUGCUCUGUUAGACAGUGACCUGCCUGCCAAUAGGCAAACCAAACAACUGAUGCAUACUCUGCCGCAUACUGUAUAUGGAAAUAAUCCUACACAAAAGCAGCAGUAAGACCCCCAACACACUAAUAAACUUGUAUAACAUACUGCCCUUCCUGUAACAGACAUCUCUACAGAAAAACCAUAUCAACACAUUCUUAACAUUUCCCAGUACAUUUCUUUGUAAAUACUAUAAACAAUGCUAAGAUGUUUUAUAUUUAUUUAUUGCGACAUUACGUACAAGACUCCUGCAAACUGCAGUCUCGUACUUAAUUCCAUGUGCACAAAUAUAUUUUCAAGUCCACUAACAUCUAUGUGCUUACAAAAGAGACAAAAGAGAGUGACAAAGUAAACUCAGAGAUUGUUAUAUAUUUCAGAAUUAUUUAUUGUGAAUAAAAUAUAUAUA